UUGAAUCCGUUAGCUGUCAGAAAAAAUGUUUUCCUCCUGUCCGUGGACCAAGCUCAGUGUAGCGACCAGCGGCUAGCCUCUUAAAUGUAUCCAGAGUUUAGGGGAAACCACUUAAUGCGAACUAUUGGAGUUUUAACGCAACAAAAAUGUCUAUAGCGAAAUGUUUUCGGAGCCUUGAGGUCUGGGAGUACAAACUUCGACAAUACUCUCGUUACCAGACGCACUAACGGUAACGUACUAUCGGCUGCUAAAGUUACGGAGCUUUUAAAAAGUUGCCAACGUCCUUCAAGGAGAGUAUUAUUUUUUUAGGUUUUGUACUUAUCCGUAAUAAAAAAUAACUAUGGUAGCUACUCUAAGGACUGGUGUAGUGUAGAACCGGAGUAAAACAGGAUUUAAAGGAGCCGCUCCGCAGGUAGCCCGGCUGCCCCGUUGCGAUGGGCAACUGCGGGAUGGAGGAUCUGAUCCCGCUCGUCAACCGCCUUCAAGAUGCCCUGAGCACCGUGGGGCAGAGCUGCAGCCUCCACCUGCCGCAGAUCGCUGUGGUGGGCGGCCAGAGUGCAGGCAAGAGCUCCGUCCUGGAAAGCUUUGUGGGCAGAGACUUCCUUCCUCGGGGUUCAGGAAUUGUCACUCGCAGACCUUUAAUCCUCCAGCUGCUUAGCGCUAACACAGAGUACGGUGAAUUUUUCCAUUGUAAGGGAAAGAAGUUCACCGACUUUGAUGAGAUCUGCAAAGAGAUCGAGGCAGAGACAUGCAGACUCACAGGAUCCAAUAAAGGCAUCUCUCCUGUCCCCAUCAACCUACGGAUUUAUUCACCAAACGUGCUGAACCUGACUCUUGUGGACCUGCCUGGCAUCACCAAGGUGCCUGUUGGUGACCAGCCGGCAGACAUAGAGUACCAGAUACGAGACAUGAUCAUGCAGUUCAUCUGUAAGGAAAACUGUCUCAUCCUGGCUGUCACGCCAGCCAACACUGACCUGGCCAACUCUGAUGCACUCAAACUGGCCAAAGAUGUUGACCCACAAGGUCAGCGCACAAUUGGUGUAAUCACUAAGCUGGACCUGAUGGAUGAAGGAACAGAUGCUAGGAACAUUCUAGAGAACAGGUUGCUUCCCCUACGCAGAGGUUACAUAGGGGUUGUGAACCGCAGUCAGAAGGACAUUGCUGGGAAAAAGGAUAUUGAGGCAGCCCUGCUUGCAGAGAAGAAGUUCUUCCUGUCCCAUCCGGCCUACAAACACAUGGCUGAGAGUAUGGGCACCCCAUAUUUACAAAGCAUACUUAAUCAGCAACUGACAAACCACAUCCGGGAAACUCUUCCAGCCUUCCGUAGUCAUCUGCAGAGCCAGCUUCUGGGCUUGAGCAAAGAGGCCGAAGAGUACAAACAGUAUAGUUGUGAUGAUCCUGCCCGGAGGACCAAGACACUACUACAGUCAGUCAGUCAAUCAUUCUGGAAGUGUAUGUGUACACAUUUGUUUAAUUUAUAUAAAACUUAUAUUUCAGUGUUUCUCCUAGUUUGCGUGUUUCUGUCUUCCAGGUCAGUUCAGCGCUUGGCUGUCGACUUUGAGAAGCUAAUCGAGGGCUCGGGCGACAAAGUAGACACCGUUAAUUUGUCAGCUGGUGCUAAAAUCAACCGAAUCUUCCACGAGCGCUUCCCCUAUGAACUGGUCAAGAUUGAGUUAGAUGAGAAGAAGCUACGACGGGAGAUCAACUAUGCCAUCAGAAACAUCCAUGGCAUCAGGACAGGUCUGUUCACUCCUGACAAGGCCUUUGAAGCCAUAGUGAAGAAACAAAUAUCAAGUUUAGAGGGGCCGUGCAUUCAAUUUGUUGACAUGGUCAGUCAGGAACUAAUCACCACUCUGUACCAGUGUAUCAACAAGCUCAGUUCCUUUCCCAAACUGCAAGAUGAGACCGAGAGAAUUGUUACCACUGAAAUACGAGAGCAGGAGAGUAAAUGCAGGGAACAGGUCUUGUUGCUUAUUGACAUACAGCUUGCCUACAUAAAUACCAAACAUGAAGAUUUCAUUGGCUUCACUAACGCCCAGCAGACGUACAACCAAAGCAAUAAGAAGACAGUUGCAGGGAUGGCAGGAAACCAUGGUGUGGCCGCUCCUUCCAGACUAAUAGUCGUACGGAAGGGCUGGCUGACCAUAAGCAACAUCGGCAUCAUGAAAGGUGGAGCCAAGGAAUACUGGUUUAUCCUCAGUGCAGAGAGCCUGUCCUGGUUCAAGGAUGAUGAGGAGAAGGAAAAGAAGUACAUGCUUCCUUUGGACAACCUAAAGCUCAGAGAUGUGGAGAAGAGCUUCAUGUCCAGCAAAUUUGUCUUUGCUAUCUUCAACACAGAGUUAAGGAACGUGUAUAAGGACUACAAAUGCCUGGAGUUGGCCUGUUACUCUCAGGAGGAGUUGGACAGCUGGAAGGCGUCUCUGCUACAGGCCGGAGUCUACCCUGAGAAAGUCACCGUGGAUGGGCAGGGAAAUGGAGCUCUUGAAAACUGUACAGACCCCCAGCUGGAGCGUCAGGUGGAAACCAUUCGUAACCUGGUCGACUCGUACAUGAGCAUCAUCUAUAAGACCGUCAAGGACGUAAUGCCAAAGACCAUUAUGCACCUCAUGAUCAACAGCGUGAAGGAGUUUAUUAGCUCUGAGCUCCUGGCCCAGCUCUACGCUCUGGGAGAAUGCUCAGCGCUGAUGGAUGAGUCAACGGAGCAGCAGCAGCACCGGGAGGAAGUGCUCCGCAAGCACGCUGCCCUGAAGGAGGCACUCUCUGUCAUCGGAAAGUUCUCCACCUCCACCUGUACCACCCCUCUGCCUCCACCUGUAGACUCCUCCUGGAUACGGCCCUCCAGCCCGACACUCCCUAAAAAGCCAGUGACCGGUGGCGGUGUACGUGGCCAUGCCCCCUCUGUCCCUCGGUUGCCCUGCUCAUACUACUUCCCAGAGCACUGAUGGCCUUCAGCAGCUCUCUGGCCAACCUCACCGUGCUCCACCUAGUGUGCCAAGGAGGAGUCCUCCAGCCAUCCCAAGUGUGAAAUAACAGUCGAUUCUACUCAGAACUACAUUACCCAUCUAUCCUGGUGAUCCUUCCAACUGCAGCUCACUGCUGCCCAGAGACAGCCAUGACCUGUGUGAUGUAUAAUCCAGCUAAAGCACUUUGCUGGGCUUCUCUGCGUCUCCUCUGGGAGCUGCUGUCUGCAUAAUUCACUGAGUCUUGAGUCUGUUUUGUACAUAAUGUUGUUGACCAUGAAUACCGGAAUGUGCUCAACUGUCUGCAGAGUUUCCUUAAGUGCCUAAACUUUGUGUAAAUAAAAAGAGCAAUUUUGAGUUAUUAUACUAAAACAGAAUACACAUCCACUAUUUUCACUGUUUUUGAAUAAACAGGUUUUUAUUUUUGAACAUG